UGCGAUGUCAGCAAUGAGAAGAAUCGUUGUCCACCUACUAGUCUUCUCAGUCGCGUCUCAGGCGGCCGAGGAGACUCCCUGGCUGCCGAGGCCUGGCAGGACCUCCCUCGAGCGCAAGGACAUCCUGCCCAGGGAGGAGUCCAGCCCGCAGGACCUCUGGGGGCCCGUGAAGGACUCCGCGGACAAGUCGCUUGCAGCGGGCAGGACGAGCUGGGACCUGCAGGGAGCCAUCAUCAACGGCGAGACGGCUGCCCGCGGCCAGUUCCCGUGGCAAGCCUACAUAGUUCCUGGCAGCAGCAGCUUCUGCGGCGGCUCGCUCGUCUCCGGCUCAUGGGUCCUGACAGCGGCCAACUGCGUCGCCAGGUCCGCCUCCUACACGGUGACGCUGGGCAGCACCAGCCUGCUGGAGACCCAGGAAGGGAGCGUCUCGCUGCUGUCCCGCUACUGGAUCAUGCACUCGGGCUACAGCGGCGUCUUCAUACAGAACGACGUCGGCCUCAUCAGGCUCCCGAGCCCCGUCGUCUUCAGCGAGUACAUUUCUCCAGUGAGGCUGCCGAAGCACUCGCAGGCCUCAGAAACCUUCGCCGGUCGCGAUGCUGUAGUCACUGGCUUCGGCAGACUGAGCAGCUACAACUACACGUACAGCUCGACCCUGCAGUUCGCGCGCGCGACCAUCCUUGCCAACGACGAGUGCUCGCGGUACUUCCCGCUGGACCUCCUGGACUCCAACAUCUGCAGCGUGGGCGAGGACAGUGGUCCGUGCGACGGCGACUUCGGAGGACCUCUGGUCGUCUCUGAGGACGACGGGCUGUUCACCUUGGUGGGCCUCAUGUCCUUCAACUGGAUCAACUGCCCCGUGGGGGCGCCCACGGCCUAUGCCAGGACCACCAGCUACCUGCGCUGGAUCGAGACGUACUCUGACGUCGUCGUCAGGGAGUAGGUCUCUUGGAGCCCACACAGACGAGCAACUGAUUGUCACAAGUAGCGGCGAGAAUAUCCAUGGUGAAUAGCAGCGAGAUUGAAGUCAAUACACCACCAGACAUCGAAAUGCGUGGUAAUACAUCGCAUGUCAACGAAAUGAAAAAAAAAAAAAACACAAAAUGCUAUAGAAUAAAGAAUGUUUUGAUUGCA